UCUGAAUACGACGUCGACGUCCUCUCCCAUUGAGAAGGGAAGCAUCUCUGCCAGUAGUAUCUUUAACCUUUGAACUCCCGAGUGUGCCAGUCGUCCGCCAUAUUGACUGUUGUCUUGACUGGAGGAGACAGAACGUUUUGAGGUCCGAGAAGAAACGAAAGUGUGCUCCUAAAAUAACCAAAACUGGUGCAAACUUGGCCAAAGCAUAUCGUAGCCACCACCGUCAUGGCGAGGAAGAAAAGUAAGCAGCAAGGGGUCGCCCAGAAGGAGCUGGCGCCUGGAACGCAGAACGCACCGAAGAGCUCAGUCUCUCCCGGCGAUGCAGCUGGCGGUGGCGGUGGGGAUGCUGGGCUGGAUAGGUUGGCCAACACCAGAGCGAAUCAGCCCAUGCACACCUGCUGUCUCCUGUGCCAUCGAGAGUUUAAAGACUGGGGUGCAGGCUCGGUCAACGGACUUCCCGGGGUCCACGGGACGAAGCUGGCCGACGCAGUGCCUGCGCUCUCCCAAGCGCUUUUGCGAGAGGUGCCGGGGCGCAAGCUGGCGGACGCAGUGCCCUCCCUGUCCCAGUCCCUGCUGGGUGAGGUGCCUCUUUGGAUCUGUCAGAGCUGCUGUAAGAGUGUGGAAGAGGAGGAGAAGCGGAGCACGCAGGAGCAACAACAGGUACCUUUGUCGCAUUCUUCCUCCUGUAAAUCCCAAAGUUGCGGGAACGGUUACCCCGAGCAGAGUUCUGUGGACUGGGACCCCAGCUCCUUCCUGUCAGCCCACAAACUGUCAGGUCUCUGGAACUCCGCCCACGCCAACGGAGGGGAGCACUGCAAUCACAACACUUCACACUCACAGCAAGGUAUAACGGCAGGAUCAGCCUGUCACGACAAAAGAGGCCUUCAUGAAGCACCCGGAAAAUCUGCAAAAACCUCAGCGCCCAAAGUUUGUCCCUACAGCCAUCCAUCCUCCCAGAACUCCAGUGGACCUUCUGCUGGGAACUCCCUGUCUACCUCAGCAGACCUUUGUAAAACCACUCCCAAGCACUUCAAGACCAUGUGUCGCCGGCCGACUCCACCAGGUGAAGCCUUUCAUCCCAAUGACCACCACCAACACACGGACUUGUCUGUACCUCCAAACAGCCCCACUGGCCUUUCUUCCCAGCAUUCCUCACUCCUGCCGCUAAAGUCAAACUCUGGACUGCAUGGCCAUGUAAACUCCUCCUGUGGCGGCGGCGGCAUGGCAGCCCACGCCCCCUUCUCCCCGCUUGUACCCAACCUCCACAGCCCCACCGCCAAACUCAGCUCUCCAAGCCCCGACAGCCCCACAUCUGUGCACAAGCCCAGCCCGUGUAAAAACUCCCACAUUCCCUCGGUGAACACGCAACACAGCAAGCUCGGCACGUCUCUCAUGGGUUGCAACCACUCCUGUAACGGACACAGUCAGGGAACCGUGCCUCCCUCCAAUGUCGGCCAUCUGACAGCUGGGGCCUGCAGGGAUCAGGUAUGUAAGGGACACAAAGUGACGAACGGGACGCUGUGCCACCCUUCGUCUGAGCUGGAUGAAGGCGAGGAUGAGGACAGCAGCUCUGAGAGAAGCUCCUGCGCCUCCUCUUCCACCAAUCAGAAGGACGGAAAGUACUGCGACUGCUGCUAUUGCGAGUUCUUUGGACACAAUGCGCCUCCAGCUGCACCGACGAGUCGAAACUACGCCGAGAUCAGAGAGAAGCUCCGCUCGCGUCUGACCCGCCGCAAGGAGGAGCUCCCUCAGCGUCAAGACUCGGACCUGACGGCAGCCGGGAUCAUCGACAACAGGGACGUGGACGAGCUGCUGGACUUCAUCAACAGUUCUGAACCCAAACCCGUCAACAGCGCCAAAGCUGCCAAAAGGGCUCGACACAAACAGAAAAAGAAGGAAAAAGCUCAGCAGUGCAGCACAGGUGCUGCAGGCACCGAACCUCACUGCGGUCCGCCCGAGCUCGCCGAGGAGCCCGUUUCCGACGCCCCAGAGACCAGCCGUCUGCUCGACUGGCCCCAGCUGGAACUCGAACGGGUCAACAGUUUCCUCACAAGUCGACUGGAGGAGAUUAAGAACACCAUCAAAGACUCGAUACGAGCCUCGUUCAGCAUGUACGACCUCAACCUGGACGUCAACGACUUUCCAAAGAAAGCAGCCACACUGGAGGGAAACCAUCUACUUUCCCACCUCAAUGGUUCCUCUGACUUGCAGCAGAUUGACCUGGACCUCUCUCCGCUCUCCCUGGGAACGUUUAAGAGUCACCUGGACCUGGUUAACGGGUGGGAGGACACAAACAUUGCCUCAUCCUCUAGUGCCACAACCACUUCAUCGGGAGUCGGUGCUGCUUCAAAAGACGACCAACGGUUGCAGACUCCCGCCGGUCUUUCAAAACUUGUAAGGGUUCGUUCUCCAGAUGGAUGUUCGUUAUCUGGAUCUGACAGUUUACCACAGGUGCCCGACCAAGCGGUGGCUAAAUCAAAGGAGGAGACCCCAGAUCCGAAAAACGCAGCAGUCAGGAACUGCGGUGGGAAGUCGAAGAAGAACAAAAAGCACCAACAGAAGCAGGAACAACCUGUGGCGGAGCUGAACUCCUACAAACCAAACAAAGCUCCCUGUGGAAGCGAAGUACAGCCGACCAACGAGGUGAAGGAAACGGCACUGAACGGCUCCAAGUCCGGGAGCAAACACCUUCACCCGCCCGCAGAAAACCCGAAAAACGGACCUAAAAAAGUUGAGGAGAGCAGACCCCCCAAGCACGUAACAAACGGCGGCCCUUUGGCUCUUCAGAAGGGGAAAGGUGACGCAGAGACUCGCGGCCGGCCUGACCAGGAACCUGUGAGCAAAUCUCAUCCCGCUUUUCCAGCAAAUGGGACUCCACCGCAGCAAGCCAAGGGGAAAAACAAGAAAAACAGAAACAAGGGAGAGAAAUCCAACAACGUUAUUGAUGAUGUUUUUCUCCCAAAAGAUGUUGAUCCCACCGAAAUGGAUGAGACUGAUAGAGAAGUCGAGUACUUUAAAAGGUUUUGUCUCGAUUCUGCUAAGCAGACCCGCCAGAAGGUAGCAGUGAACUGGUCAAACUUCAGCCUGAAAAAGGUUCCCAGCAACGCAGCGCAAUAGCUUGAACGAGUGCCAGAAAAAAAAAACUCUUUCAGUGGAGCCCCGUUUGGUCUGAGGCCUUCCCCACCCUCCCAGUUUUUGUUCUCCUCCUUACAAAAGCCAAGGGACCCUGGUUUGACAUUUUACUCUCCAUUCAGACGACUGACAACGUGACUUAUGGCUCACGAGCCGGACAGCGUUCUCAAGGCCAACUAUACCUUUUGCUAUUACUGCAAUGUUCACUGUUCAAUGAGACUUGCAAAAUUUAUGUUGAAUCAACUGCAUCCGUGUGCUUACAUAUGUAGUAUGUAAACAGUUACCAUACAUGAAAUAAAUGGUUUUUAUCACAA